GUUUCUUGGUCACUGCUCGGCGCACUGGUGCGGCACAACACGAUAAUUGGUCCCACAGUGAUCAGUUAAUUCAAUACCUGCGUCUACCAUCAUAGGAAAAAGACCAAGGCUGACCAAAAUAAAGCCUUUAAAUAAACAUCGUAGACACUGUUUUGUUGCAUCCUCCAAGUUCUAUUAUAACUGAGACUAGCAAGCAAGCUGUGUGAGUUAGCCAACACACGUUCGAAUAUAAAAUUCCUAGGAGGAUAUACCUUCAGCAGGAUACACGUGUACCUUCAGCAGGAUAGGUGUAUACCCUCAGCAGGAUAUAUACCACAAGCUGGACAUACCGCUAACAGACAAGACCUCCAAACGCGACCGUUAAGAGCUCAUCAGACCAUGAACCAACAAAAACGUUUAGAAAUUCUCCUGGAAGAAAACCAAGAAAUGACGAUUUUCAAAACGAGAGACUUUAAGAAAACCGAAGAAGAACUGAAAACGGAUAAGGAAACGUACGAGGCAGCGUUAACGGAGGUUCAGCCAUGGCGAGCAUCUGUUGAAGAGAUUUUAGGAAAGAUGGUGAAGUCAGACUUAACAGAGCUGAGAUCCAUGAUGCAUCCGCCGCAGCACGUGAAGACUGUGUGUCAAUGUCUGCCGGUACUACAGGGGUUACAUGUUGAUAUUGAAAACUGGAAGGCCGUGCACGCCACAUUCUCUGACACCGGGUUCUUUAGGAGUCUAAAGGCUCUAGACUUGGACAGUAUCACGCAUAAACAAACAGCAGUCAUUAAAGAUUUGCUGAAGAACAUAACAGAAGAAGAAAUGUUAAAAGUUAGUAGUUCCGGUGUGGGAAUUCUGAAGUUUUUGGAGGCGGUUCUGGACUACUGUGAGGCUUCCAGAAAAGCUCACCUGAGCAAAAAGAAAGAAAAGCUUAUCAAAACCCAAGAAAUGCACAAAGUGAAAAAACGGGAAUUGGAGAAGAUGGGAGAAGAGAAAGUUGCUUUGGAAACAGAACUGCGACAGUUGAUGGGAAGACCAGAGGCCAGCGAAUAACAGACGACAACUCCUUUUCUUUUUUUCUAAUUUUUAAAAAUUAUUAUUUUUCCCCCUUUUUUAGCAUUUUUACAACUUUCAUUUCACAGCUAUUUUUUAAAAAGAAUGACAUCCCUUUCCGUUUGAUUUAAGACCGUAAUUUUAAAACGCUUUCUCUUUUCUCUUUGAUACAACAUUUAUCUCAUAAUGGCAAUAAA